GUACAUACUAUUGAAUUUCGAAACUCUGAUAUUUGAUUUCAUAUACUGUUUUACUCUACUGCAUACCUAGAUAUACCAAGAUCAGCAAUCUCUUGAGCCCCAGGAAAACUUGCCAAAUCUGCUUUGAGCUUUUCAGCAUUUCUUUUGGCAACAUAUUCGACAUCAAUUUUGGGGUCCUACUCACAAUGGCAAAGUCACAGGCUACCAAAGGAGUAUCUAAAGUACCAAACAAAGUCUUGUACAGUAGGAUAUCAUAUCUAUAUCAAGCGGCGACCUAUCUGGCUGUACAAGACAAAGAGAGUCAAGAACAAUCGGCCAAGGGAACCGCACUAGACUCAUCAAUGGAGGAUGUCAUGAAAGAUGAGUCAAAGGAUGUAGCAAAUAUCACAGAGGGACCACAUCAAGCUCUCUCUCGUAGAUUAAUCACGGAUCUACGCUCAGUCUCAUUGAAAGGAUUAAUGCGAAUGUCUCCUGAUAUGAAGCAUUCUAUCUGUAAAAAUUGUCAAACUCUGUUGCUGGAAGGUACCACAUGUACUGCUAAAAUUGAAAAUCAAAGCAAGGGUGGAAAUAAACCCUGGGCUGAUGUCCUGGUUCGAAAGUGUCAUACUUGUGGGCUGGAAAAAAGAUUCCCGCUGGCAACAGAGAGGCAACCAAGGAGACCAAGAAGAUCCGUCCAAGAUGCUAAAACUAGUGCAACUUGAACACGAACGCACGGAUUUCGCGGCGAUCGAGAGCCCAUCAGCCAAAAGAUACCUUGCCUCCGAAAGCUUCAUUGUUUGUACAAUUUUGGAUGCUAUGCUGGAUGACAAUUGCAUCAUCAUUAGACUUCCACGACUCGGCGCCUCACAAGCUUGCCUUACACCACAGAGUCACGAAGACCAUUCAUUUCGAUGCGGUGACUAUAGCAGUUACGGUUAAGGGUUUUCUUAUAACUUGAACACUGGAGUACACAUCGGUAUUCGACAAGCGAGCCUAUUUAAUAUGCAGCCAUUUUAGAACGAGCUGUUGACAUACCAGAGCUGUAAGGCUGUGUAGAAAGCUUAUGAUAUUCGGGUUCUUCUCUAUGAGAGGUAAAAUACUUUUUACCCACUCACUAAAGAAGAUACUCUACUUUCGGCAAAUAUUCUUCUAAGUUCGAAACCCUUAUUCACGAAUGGUAUUUCAAAUUGUCGGGAUAGGUCAUCACGGAAUCUAUCAAUUACUAUUCAAGAGGGCACUCUUCUAAUUGAAGCGAGAUUUGGAAGCUUUGAUGCUCAUCAUAUUCGGUGCUGCUCAACCACUCUGUAAACUCUUCCAGGCCGAGUUCGAAUACUAUUGUUAAGUUAAUCGGAGGAGAUGUUGCUUAACGCCAAGUUACAUCAAAUAUGGACCUUCGUAGUUGAGAGCCAACUCCUAUCGCUGGCUCUGUUUUCCCGUGCUCAUUGUCGAUAUGAGCAAAUAUAGUGGAGGUAGAAAUUUGGCUACUUCAAUGUCGAUAUAAGAAUUUCUAGACGAGAAUCGCGUGGCGGUCAGCGCGGCCUUAUUUUUUUUGAAAAGGUCAUUGUUUGGGAUUGAGGAAGCCAAUGAGGUAUGAUGGUUUGUGGUUGAGUUGAGAAAUGGAGUAUGGUUGUUUGACGAUAUGUUGAACAGUAGGGGCCGAACGGUAAAAGCGGAGAGACGGGAUCAAUUUAAGGUCUAGUAAGCCUAGAAAGCUUGGAAAUUGGUCGAUCAAGUAGUGAGAGUUUAAUCGAGAGCAAUGAAAAUUCACCUAGAUACAGUGCUCUAUGACUACA